AUGGCCUCGACAGCAGCGGAAAUACAAUAUCCUUGUGCACUGACAAUUGAAGUCCCAUUCCCUACACCUAGAUUAGCAUCUAUUGCUCUAAAGGCAUUGCAAGUCGACAAAGAGUUAUCACCUCUGGUGAAGCGAACUUUCUCCAUUGGCCAGUCGAAUGAGGAUACCAGCAGUGGAGAUAUAGGGCGAAAUAUUCUACGAACCGAGUACAAAGCCACCACCAAUAGGAUGCUUCGCGUAGCCGUCAACUCUUUUAUGGAUAGUCUAAAUCUGGUGAUCGAAGUCAUGCAAGAACUCGACACGGACGUACUGGAAACGGAAGAUACCAAGGCAUGA